GACGCUGCAAUUUGGGCGCGCUGACGCGGAAGCUCGUGAGCCGCUGGUAAGAAGGUAGACCCUUUGAAACGAAGAUGGAAAGAACAAAUGAGCCCUGAAUCAGAUGAGAGAGGCUGGUAUGGAAGACUGGGGAGGUGAGAGGAGCUGGUAUGGAAGACUGGGGAGUGGUAGCUAUUGCUGGCGAGUUGGAUGGCUGAGCUCCCCCUUACAGUGUUGACAUCUAAAGCCAGGCGUGAAAACAGUAUCCAUAGAGAGUUGGCACCCCAAGAUCCUGACCCUCUCUCUCUUCACGGACACUGACUGAAGAGGCCAAGAUGAAUACUGAGCCAAAGAGGAAAUUUGGUGUGGUAGUGGUUGGUGUUGGCAGAGCUGGCUCUGUGAGGAUAAGGGACUUGAAGGAUCCAGACUCUUCAGCAUUCCUAAACCUGAUUGGAUUUGUGUCCAGACGAGAACUUGGGAGCCUUGAUAAUGUCCGGCAGAUUUCUUUGGAAGAUGCUCUCCGCAGCCAAGAGGUUGAUGUCGCCUAUAUUUGCAGUGAGAGUUCCAGCCACGAAGACUAUAUAAGGCAGUUUCUUCAGGCUGGCAAGCAUGUCCUCGUGGAAUACCCCAUGGCAUUGUCAUUUGCGGCAGCGCAGGAGCUGUGGGAGCUGGCUGCACAGAAAGGGAGAGUCCUGCAUGAGGAGCACAUCGAACUCUUGAUGGAAGAGUUUGAAUUCCUGAGAAGAGAAGUGGCGGGGAAGGAACUGCUGGAAGGAUCUCUUUGCUUCACAGCCAGCCCACUGGAAGAAGAGAAAUUUGGCUUCCCUGCGUUCAGUGGCAUUUCUCGCCUGACCUGGCUGGUCUCCCUCUUUGGGGAGCUUUCUUUUAUUUCUGCCACCAUGGAAGACCGAAAAGAAGAUCAAUAUAUGAAAAUGACCGUGCAGCUCGAGACCCAGAACAAACGUCCAUUGUCAUGGAUUGAAGAGAAGGGGCCUGGCUUAAAAAGGAACAGACAGAUAAGCUUCCACUUCAAAUCUGGGUCCUUGGAGGAAGUGCCAAAUGUAGGAGUCAAUAAGAACAUUUUCCUGAAAGAUCAGGAUAUAUUUAUCCAGAAGCUCUUGGGCCAGGUCUCUGCAGAAGACCUGGCCGCUGAGAAGAAGCGCAUCAUGCAUUGCCUGGGGCUGGCCAGCGACAUCCAGAGGCUGUGCCACCGGAAGCAGUGAGGAGGAAGCUUCAGAUACCUCUGAAACGGGGCCAGGGUUCGGUCUUAUCAACAGUUUAGCUCUUACAAUAAAAUACUCUGGAUAA